UCAAACAUAUGGUUUGUGCGCAUGUGUAAAUAAUUUGUGUACUUUUGACAAUUUGAGAGCUGAAUUUUUAAUCAAUUUUAACAAGAUUUUCAAAAUGUCGAUUAUGCCAUUGUGGCCAAAUUUACAACCUAGAGCAACAGAUCCUUUGUGGUUUAAUGCUGAUAGACCUUGUGACGAUGAAAGUGAAGUAGUUCAACUUGAAGCAGAACAUCAAGCCUGGAGAGAACAUGUUCGAGUACAAGGUUAUGAUCAUAUCCCCAUAGGAAAGACAGUUAGUGACUUUAGAGGAUCAGAAGAGGAAGAAGAAGAAGAAGAAGAAGAAGAAGGUGAAGGAGAAGAAGAAGAAGAAUCAGAUACCCAUGAAGAAGAAGAAGAAGAAUUAGACGAAAUUGAUAUGGAAGUGAGCUACUCACAUCAACAACAAACUUCCAGUCCAACAGAUACAGUGACAGAUCCAGUAUCAAUUAGAAUGGUCAGCACACAUACUGGUCGUUAUUCUUAAUUAAAAUAUUGUAGUUGUUAUUUAAUUUUAAAUUUAAUCUAGCUUUUUUAAAAAAGAAAAAUUAAUGUUUAUUUUUUAAAAAUAAUUGUGUUUAUAUUUUAAAAAUUAGCAAUAAAAUAUAGGUUUAUUUUAUCAUUAAAAAAUUAAGAACAUAUGAAAAUAAAUAAAGAAUCAUAAGACUUUUUAUAUUUUAAAA